GGGAGCUUCAUCGGGAGGCGAUGGCGGCACCGCCGUGACAUCACCCCGCGGCUUAUAUAGUUGGGGAAGGGUCCGAAUCCCCUGCCUGGUGCCUGCAGCCGCUGCCAGAGCGUGUGCUGAGGCGCGGAAAGGCGCGGCGCGGCUGUCUCUGUCUGUCUGUCUCUCUCUCUCUCUCUCUCCGUCUCUCUCCAGGAUUUAUGGACUUCACUUUCUAGAGGGAGGCACGGCAAGGAUGAGACCCCAGUUGGUGUGCGUGGUGUUGCUGGCCUUGGCCUCCUGCAGUCUCUGCUCAGAUUCAGAAGAGGAAAUGAAAGCAUUAGAAGCAGAUUUAUUGACCAAUAUGUACACAUCAAAGAUUAACAGAGCAAAACUUCCUUACUGGAAAAUGACCCUGCUAAAUCUCUGCAAUCUCCUCAACAACAUAAACAACCAAGGCGGGGAAGCGGCAGAGGCAGACGAUGAAGAUCUUAUUUCGGGAAGACAGUUUCCUGCUGCUCUGGAUGGCUUCAGCUUGGAAGCAAUGCUGACAGUAUACCAACUCCAAAAAGUUUGCCACAGCAGAGCCUUUCAGCACUGGGAGUUACUUCAGCAAGAUGCUUUGGAUCUAGACAACUCAAGCCAAGAAAAGGAAAUAAUGAAGAGGAAAAAUCCCUACAUUUUGAAACGGCAGCUGCACGUGAACAAAGCUAGAAGACCAUACAUACUCAAGAGAAGUUCCUAUUACUGAUGCAGCAGAAGAAAAAAAAACCCAUGUAUAUUUAGUUUAUAGGUAACUGUGCAUUAUGGUUUUCAUAUUUCAAUCUAAAACCAUACUUGUGUGAACAUAUACAAUGGAAAAUCAUGAAGAUGAUAACAUAACUGUGUCAUUUUUUCCCCCUGUUUUUUUUUCUUUUUUUCUUCUUUCUUUUUGCAAUUGCUGUUUCUUUAUUGUGAUUUUUUUUCCCAGCCCCACCCCUUACCUGAGAUUUAUGGGACCGAUACAUUUGCAAAUAAAUCUCGUUUCUAAGCAUGA